AUGGUUUUGUUCAUGAGUGACGAGGCUCAUUUCCACUUAAAUGGUUAUGUGAAUAAGCAAAAUUGUCGCUACUGGUCCCCAGUAAAUCCACAACAGUUGCAUGAGGAACCUCUGCAUACUCCAAAAGUCACAGUUUGGUGUGCAAUAGGUGCAACGCAAAUUAUUGGCCCUUAUUUUUUCGAGGACAACGGACAAACGACCACUGUAAAUUCAGAACGUUACAUCGAAAUGCUGACCCAAUUUUUUUUUCCUGAGCUUCAACGACGACGUGUCAGUAUUAGAAAAGUGUGGUUUCAACAAGACGGGGCAACAUCACACACAGCUCGUGCCUCAAUGGAGGUUCUUCGCCAAAAAUUCCCCGGACGUCUCAUUUCACGCUUUGGUGACGUUCCGUGGCCCCCUCGCUCCCCUGACUUGUCAUUGUGUGAUUUUUUUUUGUGGGGUCACUUAAAAUCAAAAGUCUAUCAAUACAAGCCACAAACCCUAGAUGAAUUGAAGAACGAGAUCACACGAGUUGUGGGUGAAGUUCCGGGACAGAUGCUGACCGACGCGAUGGACUCGUUUCGGGAGCGCCUGCAUUCCUGCAUUGCGGCUCAAGGGCGCCAUAUGACUGACAUUAUUUUUAAAACCUAA